UUCCAAAUAUCUGGCAACCCUGGACCAUAUAAGUAUAUAGUUUAGUUAGGUUCUCUUUUACCGACAUAACCUUAAAUCUACCUUCGAAAUGCCGCCGAAACGAGGAAAGGUUCAGAAGGAAGAGGUUCAAGUUUCUCUUGGACCGCAACUCCGUGAAGGAGAAGUGGUUUUCGGGGUGGCUCACAUCUUCGCGAGCUUCAAUGACACAUUUGUACAUGUUACUGAUUUAUCGGGCAGGGAAACCAUCGCCAGAGUUACUGGUGGCAUGAAAGUGAAGGCAGAUCGUGAUGAAGCAUCACCCUAUGCAGCUAUGCUUGCAGCUCAGGAUGUUGCAGAAAAGUGUAAAUCACUAGGUAUCACAGCACUGCAUAUCAAAUUGAGAGCUACAGGAGGUAAUAAAACAAAGACUCCUGGUCCUGGUGCGCAAUCUGCUUUGCGUGCCUUAGCCCGUUCCAGCAUGAAGAUUGGUCGUAUUGAGGAUGUCACUCCUAUUCCAUCAGAUUCUACCCGUAGAAAGGGAGGUCGCCGUGGACGCAGGCUAUAAGUCAUGAUUAUAGAUUUCUGCGCUUUAUUAUCUUCCAAUAAAUAAUUUCAAGAAGAAA